UAUGUUUAUCCUAGCCUUGGAUGAAGAUGUUGAAUUUAAACCAGAGGCUGUUCAUAGACUUAUUGAGGUCACUCAGCAAGAUCCUUCAAUCGGAGCAGCUUGUGGAAGAAUACAUCCUGUUAGUCAAGAUAAACUUAUCCUGGUAAUGUGGUAUCAAAAAUUUGAAUACGCCAUUGAACAUUGGCUACAAAAAUCCACCGAACAUAUUUUCGGUUGUGUUUUGUGCGCGACAGGAUGUUUUUCUUUGUUUAGAGCAUCAGCGUUAGCGGACAAGUCUGGUAUUAUCCAAACUUACGCUCAAAAGUCUGAUACACCCAACAAAUAA